AUGCCACCAAGAUCAACUCACCAAACCUCAUUACCAGAAGGCGACGGCGUUACAUACGACGAAUCCGACAUGGCACUCUUUCGCGCCAAGCUUGCUUACCACUCCACCAUUGAGGAACGCAUGGCAUCAAGAGACAACAACCUCGUCUCUAUUGCAGAGCACCAAGGUCGACUCCUCAAACGUUGGGAUAUGUUGAAGGUACUGGAGAAAGAAAUGGCAGAGAAAGGCAAAAGCUUAGAACCGGCGGAAAGACAACAACUAGCCCAUUGUUUUGUCUACUUACCUAUCAGCGAUACCUGGAUUAAGAUUCUCUCGUAA